ACUUUAUUUAGUAGCUGUGAACACCUCGAGCAAAACGGUCGCGUUAAAACAAAAACUUUCAAAAUUACAAAAAGGGAUAGAAAAGGAUACAAUUUAAAAAUAAAAAAACACAAACUUAAGGAUACUAAAUUGUUACAACGAAUUCAGGACUUCAAAAAUCAUAUUUAACAAAAAAGUUUAAAAUAUACAAUAAACAAAUUAAACAAAAUAAGUGCUAGCAAUGAAGUACUUUGAGUUUCUAAGUCUGUCAUCGGUGGGCCUCAGCAUAGCCUGUUUGGACCUAUUGAUUGCCCUCAGCGUACUAGUACCUUCAAGCUACUACCUGUACUUCGAUUUUAUGGAUAUUGAAAUGUGGGAACAGGAUGCCGAAGUAGCUUUGUCUCCCAUUGGAACCUUCUUUUCCACAUUAGUGAAUUAUCUGUGGGUACGCGAGUUUUCCCAGGUCUUCUACAUGACAGCAACGUUCAUAAUUUGGGUAAAGGCAUUGAUAAAUUUAAUGGUAGCCUGCCUUCUUGUCGACGGCAUCAAACAGAAACGACUCGUUUGUAUUGCUCCCUGGUUGAUCAAUGCUGGGCUUUCAAUGGCCAUGGAAACGGGCAUUUUUGUGAGUCUGGAGCUCAGAAUUGAUGAGCUUGAUGCCGCAGUGGAUCGUCGGAUAGCGAGAAGCCUUAUCUUUGGAAUAUUUUUAGUACUAAACGCUCUAUUUUCGUAUGGCAUCCUUGCCCUCUAUCGAAAGCUAAAGUCUGCGCCCAGUGAGAACAUGGAAGUCAUUCCCCAGAGUCCUCACACAUUCAGCGCCUGAAACUACUUGGAAUCUUGGUAUAUACUUAAAGAUUUAAAUGAAACCCCUGGUCAAGGAAUAUAUGUGUUGCAAUAAGUGAAUAAAAUUAUAUUUGGAAACCAAAAA